AUGAUUGAAUCCGCUGAAGAUGACGGUAGCGAGCGAGCUGAAAGCGGACCGAACGUCGUCGUACAAAACAAGCAAGUUGUCGUUUCUGACGAGGCUUCGACGAGUUUGGGUUCGCCGGAGCGAGUAGCAGACGAACAGGAACAGGAGCUUGAACUUGGUCUAAUCCAUUCUAAUAUCGGUAAACAAGCAGCUUCUCACGUGAACGUCACGCGGACUGCUCGUGCGUGGGAAAAGCCGACGCAAACAACAAAUUUUGAAGACAACGGGGCUGGAGUAACGAGCGCGCUUGAUUCAAAAUGGGCAGAACGGUUUCGUGAACUUGAAGAAUUGGAAAUUAAUAGAAGAGAAGAGCUGAACAAGCAGAUGAGGGAGGCAAGGCUUAAACUAGAGAAAGAAAUGCAUCAGGCGAGAAUUGAGCAUGAGAUGGCUAUGAAGAAACGGGAAAUACAACGACGUCGAGAUGAGCUUCGGAAGCUUGAAGAAGAAGUUUUUGGUAAUGAUAUUGAACAUCAACUGUCGGACAGGGAAAGUAGUAGUAACGCUCGUGAACCAGAUAAAAACCCAGUCCAGCAACCUUCAACCCCAAUCGACAGAAGCAGUUUAAGUCAGCGCUUGGCGAUACCUCCUACCGGAAAUUGUGUACCCCAAGAAAGUAUAAUAACCAGUGGAACUGGAUGUCAAACUCAGCAAAGCUUGCAACGAGACAAUUCGUCGCAGUUACAAUAUCUAUUAGAGAAGCAGCAGAUUACGAUGGACGAAGUAGUGAAGGGAUUAAGAAUGCCUCAAAGGGAAUACAUGAGUUUUGAUGGCGAACCUCGCAACUUUCCGUUGUUCAUGAAGAAUUUUGAAGUGAAUGUCGAGAGUAAAGAAAGUAAUGAUGCAGAUCGACUGAAUUACCUUAUUCAGUAUUGUAAAGGAACAGCAAGACAAGCGAUAGAGCAUUGCAUCAUUAUGCCUCCGGAUCAAGGAUACAAGCGUGCUAAGGAAAUCCUGAGAAAAAACUUUGGUCGAAAUCACAUCGUAACCCAAGCAUUCCUUGAGAAAGUCUUGAAUGGACCGCCAAUUAGAGUAAACGAAGCCGAGAAAUUGUCGCAGCUAGCAAGAGAUAUGGAAACGUGUCUCCUUGGUUCUAUUCAGUUAGGAAAUCGGGCAAGUAUCAAUUCGAUGGACACUCUGGGAAGGGUAGUUAGCCGCCUUCCAAUGCAUCUCAAGUCAAAAUGGGCUGAUAAAGCAAGCCAUAUGUACGACAAUCACAUCACACCAGAUUUCUCUCAUUUAACUGAAUUCAUACAAUCCCGCGCAGCCGUGGCUAGUACGUACUUUGGUCAAAUGAUUACCUCGAAAAAUGAAACCCGAAAGGAUGGAACUGACAGAUUGAAGAAGAAAUCCUUCUUGUUUAGUGGGAAUAGCACAAACUUAGCAACUCACAGCCAGAGAAUAUUUGACAGUAGUGAAUCAAAGGGAAGAAAUUUAUCCUGCGUACUAUGCAAAGGCACACACCAUCUUGAACGCUGUCACAAGUUCAGGGCUCAAAAUCUUCAGCAACGACAAGACCUAGUAAAGACGCACAAAGUUUGUCAUGCUUGCUUGAGCCCAGGACAUUUCGUGAAAGACUGCAGAGGUGCCCGCAUAUGCGGUGUUGAAGGUUGUCAGAGAAGGCACCAUCCUUUGUUACACUCAUCCGAAAUAAAGGCUAAGGAUUCUAAAUCAAGUGAAAGGAGUAAUCCAAAUCCUGAACCAUCUGAAAGCGACAGCCAAUCCAAAGCACUCCCAACGUCUGGAGUUGGCGCGACAAAUUCAUCAUAUAGCAGUUGUCGUAUAGGUUUGCAAGUUAUUCCAGUUAAGGUCAGCGCACCCUAUGGUAGUCGUGUGAUAGAAACUUAUGCGUUCUUAGACAGCGGCUCCAACACAACCAUGUGCUUAACCAGUUUAGCUGAAGAUCUUGGAGCCGAUUGCUCACCCAUCGAAUUCACGUUAGCGACUGUUUCAGGCAGCCACAAAAGUAAGGGUCAACAGUUAUCUCUCGAUGUGGUUGGAGUAUCCACGGGCAAAGGUGUCAGACUAGAUAAAGUUUGGACGACCAACACUCUUCCUGUUGCUCUAGAAAGCGUUAAUCUAACCGAUUUAGUGGAUAAGAAAGUCACUAUCCUUAUUGGAAGUGACGUUCCCGAAGCUCUUUGCCCCCUUGAAGUGCGUUCUGGGAAAAGAAAUCAACCCUACGCAAUACGGACAAUCCUCGGUUGGACGGUGAUGGGACCUCUGAAAGGAAAACCUUAUCAAGAAGCUCAGAUGAACUUCAUUCAUGUUGAUCAAGCUCUUGGGUGUAUGGAAAGGGAAGAUGGUAUGAGUUCCAUUCGUCAGCAAUUGCAAAAUCUCUACAAUUCAGAAUUUAGCGAGUCGGCUGCUGACGUUAAAGAAUGUCUGUCGGUCGAGGAUCGUCGCGCAAAGGCAAUAAUGGAUAGAACUGUCAAGCUAAAAAAUCAUCAAUAUGAAAUUGGUCUUCCUUGGAAAUACGAUGACCCACUUCUCCCGUACAAUAAGUCUAUGGCUGAAAGGAGACUUGCUUAUUUGAAGAAACGACUUGAGAGGGACCCCAUACUUCACGCAAAUUAUAAGGCAACGAUGAAGGAAUACAUCUCAAAAGGGCACGCUAAAGUAGUUCAAGUGGAUAAACAAAAUACACAGGACGAGUCACUCAAAAAACUGGUUUGGUAUCUGCCUCAUCACCCUGUGACACACCCGCAAAAACCAGAAAAGACAAGAAUCGUUUUUGACUGUGCUGCGAAGUUCCACAACGCAUCCCUAAAUAAUCAGCUUCUUCAAGGACCAGAUUAUACCAAUUCAUUAGUUGGUGUAUUGUUGCGGUUCAGGCAGGAAAAGAUAGCGGUAAUGGCAGAUAUUGAGAAGAUGUUCCAUCAGGUGAAGGUUAAGCCAGAAGACUGUAAUGCACUGAGAUUUCUAUGGUGGCCAGAGGGAGAUCUAUCCAAAGAACCAGUAGAGCAUCAAAUGACUGUUCAUUUAUUCGGAGCAACCUCUUCCCCAAGUUGUUGUUCUUACGCGUUAAAAAGAACAGCUUCAGAUAAUCGGAAAGAAUUCAGCAAACAAGUUGUCGACACAGUUGAUCGUAACUUUUAUGUAGAUGACUGUCUCAAGUCUUUACCAGAAAGGAAAGAAGCAAUGAAGUUGGUAGACGAACUACCAGUUUUGCUGUCUCGCGGUGGAUUCCAUCUCACAAAGUGGGUGUCAAAUGAUCGAGAAGUCUUAUCUCACGUACCUAACAAAGAAAGAGCGCCAUGCGUCAGCCUUCAGUUGGAGAAGUUGCCGAUGGAGAAAGCAUUGGGCGUUCAGUGGAAUACGGAAAGGGACACGUUGGGAUUCCGGGGAAGCAAAUUGAAAGCAGAGUCAAGAAGAGGGAUUCUAUCGUUCAUAGCUUCGGUCUACGAUCCCUUGGUCUAG